GUCUCCGUGAGCGAGUUUGAAUGCUUAAAGGGGGAGUAUUGUGUUGUCGCGAACUGUGUGUGUGUGUCUCUCUCUCUCUCUGUGGCAUUGAGCUCUGCGGAAAAGGUGGAGUACAAAAUGUUGGCCGUAUUCUACAAAUUGUUCCUAGUACCAAGGAUUGAUGGCUUAAGUCUAGCUUUCUCUGAUAUUUUGACCCGUCUACCAUUGAAGUUUUGAAAGCACAAUCUAUGCAUCUUUAGAGGUUUGGCCUCGAUUUACAUAUCAAGAUGAAGACACUGCAGCAACUGAAAGCGCGAGGACCCACUAGGGUGAAUGUGCAACAGGUGAUUUUUGAGCUAAAACAUAAAGUGGUUCUUGCACUAAACAAGCUUGCAGAUAGAGAUACCUACCAGAUAGGGGUUGAAGAGCUUGAGAAAACUGCUGAAUGUUUAACCCCAGACAGAAUUGCACCAUUUCUGUCAUGUAUAUUGGAUACUGAUUCGGAGCAAAAGAGUGCAGUGAGAAAGGAAUGUAUUCGACUGAUGGGUACAUUAGCAAGAGUUCAUGAAGGUCUUGUUGGGCCGCAUCUUGGUAAGAUGGUUGCUAGCAUUGUUAAGCGGCUCAAGGACCCAGACUCAGUUGUGAGGGAUGCAUGUGUGGAAACAGUAGGUGUAUUGGCUUCGAAAUUGAGCAAUCGUGGGGGUGAGACUGAUGGUGUCUUUGUUGUGUUAGUGAAACCGCUUUUUGAAGCUUUGGGUGAACAGAACAGGCAGGUUCAAUCAGGUUCGGCAUUGUGUUUGGCGAGGAUCGUUGAUAACACACAUGAUCCGCCCAUCUCACUUUUGCAGAAGAUGUUGACUCGGACCACAAAAUUUCUAAAGAAUCCACAUUUUAUGGCUAAACCAGCGGUGAUUGAGUUGAAUAGGAGUAUUAUUCAGGUUGGCGGUGCUCCCACACAAAAUAUUCUAUUAGGUGCAAUGUCUGGCAUCCAAGAAGCUCUUAAAAACAGUGAUUGGACGACACGUAAAGCUGCGUCUGUAGCAUUAGGGGACAUUGCUGCAACUGGUGGAUCCUUCUUGGGCUCCUUUAGGUCUUCCUCCAUCCGCACUCUUGAAUCUUGUCGUUUUGAUAAGGUUAAACCUGUUAGGGAUGCAGUUCUGCAGGCCCUGCAGUACUGGAGAGGUCUUCCAGGGCCAGAUACUCCUGAACCCUCGGAGGCUGGAUCUUCCAUAAAAGAAAAUUUCUAUGGAGGUGACUACAGUGAUAUCACCAGCACCUGUGAAUCUGGGUGGAAGGAUGUCAACCUCAAGAAAACUGGUAGAAGCUCAAAUAAAGGCACGAUUCCUUUGUCUAGCAGAAAAGCAAGUCAAAAUUAUGUGGAAACUAAACUUCCUAAAGGAGAUGAUUGGCAUAUUGAAAUUGCAGUUCCAAAAGUCCAUAAUGCUUCUUUAGCAGAAUCUCAUAUCGAAGAAUCAGAGGGUAGUUCUGUUACCAAGACAUUAGAAAGAAUGAGCACUGAUGUUACAAACCCACAGGAUAUUGGGUAUGAAUAUGUGCCAAUGGAUGACAAACAAGAGUGUUCUUCUGUGAGUAAUCUUACUACUGAUAACUUUGAGACCAAGUUUGUGACAGUUUCUCAUGAUUGUCUUGAGGAGGGUAGCUCAGUAAAGCCAAUUCGAAGAACUCAGCGGUUUGCAGCUGAAGAAAUUAUUGACGAACCGAUGUAUUCAUCAAAGAUGCAAGAUCGUAGAAGUCUCGAUUCUACUGUUACAGAGUCUUGUUCUCAAACUGCCCAUGGAUGUUGCUCACAAAUGGCAAAUGAAAUGGUUUGCAUUCGAAAACAGCUUUUGGAGAUUGAAAACAAACAGUCAAACCUAAUGGAUCUCUUACAGGUGUUUACAACUGGCAUAAUGGAUAGCUUGACCUCGAUUCAAUCAAGGGUGGUAGGUUUAGAACAUGUCGUAGAUAGACUUGCACAGGAUCUUGUGCAUGGAGGGAAAUAUUCUGAUUUAGCAAGCUCCAAACUUGUGAAGCAGAGUCAAAGUGUGCAUUCUCCCCGAAUCUCUACUUGCACUCCACGGCCAUCUGUUGAUAUUCACAAUAGACAGCCUUCAUUGUUGUCUGCAAAGAGUAAUGAUGUUCGGGAGGUAAGUGCAGUUGCUAGGUUCAGGUCGAAGGAUAUGUGGACAAAUACUAAGGUAAAGAUUGAUGGAAAUCCUAGAGGGAAAGACAUGCAGAAAUGUUCAGGUCAGGGAAUGCAAAAUGUUGGGUGUGGUCAAAUAAAAAAUGCUAAUGCUAUUUUUGCCUCAGGCUCUAGCGCAAAUGUCAGGCAAAAUGGUUUUGAAAGUCAGAAUAACCUUUGGAAAUGUGUGCAAGGUUUCCUAUGUGAAGGGGAUCUAGACUCUGCAUAUAUGGAAGCUCUCUGUUCCCGUGAUGAACUUAUAAUGGUUGAGCUACUUGAUAGAACUGGUCCUGUUCUGGAAAGUCUGUCACCCAAGACUGUGAGUGAUGUUCUCAGAACUUUGGCAUCGUAUCUCCUGGAACAAAGAUGCAUGAACUCCAUUAUCCCUUGGUUGCAGCAGGUUGUGGACUUGAGCAUUAUUCAUGGACCGAGUUAUCUUGUUCUUUCUACAAAAGCAAGGCGAGAAUUCUUGUCUGCGAUUCAGGAGGCUAUGAACAUGGAAUUUUCUAAUCCCGUGGAGAGAAGAACUGUAACUCAACUUGCAAUGAAAUUGCACCAUAUAUGGGGAAAAUGCUCGUGAUUGUUACAUUGUCAAAAGCAUUGUUACAAUGUUGGAGGAUAUGCACAGAUUCUGGGUAGGAAAUCGUUGUCUAUGUGCUGCAAAAGUAGUGAAUUUUGUAGAAUUGUGGCGAAGGAAUGUAGUGUGGUUGUCCCAAUCAUGGUUCAAAUGACUACUUUUCUGGAGCCAAAACAUGCUUGUGUGCAAUGCCAUCAUUCUGUAAUGACAAAUCAUUUGUUAUCAGUUAUUACCUGUGUAUUGGGCUGCGCCCCACUCUUUGAUGAGAUUAAAUUAAUGAGUAAUUUUACGUAUAA